AGAAAGAAAGAGAGAGAGAGAGAGAGAGAGAGAGAGAGGGGCCAGCAAGACGGGCAGGCAGCCGGCCGGCUGCGUUUCAUUCAUAAAAUCCAUCGGAUCGGCUGUCUUUACUCGUUGGCUCCGUAAUUGUGUCUCCCUUAUCGUUUUCUUGCGAUGACCUUACAGGCGAUCAAGUGGAAAGAUGGAAAGUUGGAAGUUCUCGAUCAAGUUUUAUUACCAGCAGUUUCUAAAUACAUUGUUGUCAAGGGCGUAGAGGAUGGCUGGAAGGUCAUCAAUAAGAUGCAGGUUAGGGGUGCACCAGCCAUCGCUAUUGUUGGUUGUCUUAGUCUAUCAACGGAGGUUAGGAAUGAAGAUUUUAUAGACAAGAAAUCAUUACGUCAAGAAGUCGAAGGAAAAUUAAAUUAUCUUGCAUCGGCACGUCCUACUGCUGUUAAUAUCAAGAUAGCAGCCGAGGAGCUUAUCGGUUUAAUCAAUAAACUCACAGAAGAUGAUACUGUUACCGUAGAACAAAUGAAAGAACAAUUCUUACAUACUAUAGAUUCUAUGUUACAAAGGGAUAUUGCUGAUAAUAAAGCUAUUGGAAAUUAUGGUGCAUUAGAGAUAUUGAAAAAUGUCAAUGAGGAUUCUUCAGUUAGAAUAUUAACGCAUUGUAAUACUGGUAGCUUGGCAACUGCUGGAUAUGGUACGGCUUUAGGCGUAAUUAGAUCUUUACAAGCAAGAAAUGUUCUUGAACAUGUCUAUUGUACCGAAACAAGGCCGUACAAUCAAGGUGCUCGUUUAACUGCAUAUGAAUUGGUAAACGACAAAAUACCAGGUACUUUAAUAUGUGACAAUAUGGUAGCAGCAUUGAUGAAAUCAAGAAAUAUCACAGCAGUGGUCGUUGGUGCUGAUCGUGUAGCUGCAAAUGGUGAUACAGCCAAUAAAAUUGGAACUUAUCAAAUUUCAAUUAUAGCAAAAUAUCAUAACGUUCCAUUUUAUGUAGCCGCUCCACGAACAUCAAUUGAUUUUGCAAUACCUAGUGGCGAUCAUAUUGUUAUCGAAGAGAGACCUGAAAGAGAAAUGACACAUGUAAACGAUCAACGUGUUGCGGCAUCUGGUAUACAAUGUUGGAAUCCGGCAUUCGAUAUAACUCCUGCCAGUCUUAUUACAGGGAUAAUUACGGAAGUUGGUGUUUAUAAGCCAAAAAAUUUAAUAAAAUUAUUCUUACAAUAAGGAUAUUUUUAUAAUUUGGCUUACGCUUAACGUCACACAAACAUUUAAUUAAUAAAAUAUAAUAAGAAGAGAAUUAAUAGGAAUGAUAUUCGAUCAAAUAACAAUGCAAGCAUAAAAAUUGGAACCAAGUGCCAAAAGGGUUUAAUAACCUCCUUAAGUAUUAUUUUUUUUUUUUUUUUUUUUUUAUUUUUUUUUUUUUUUUAUAAAUAUUAUUACAAUU